AUGGAAUCAAGUUUUUUAUUGCCAAAGAUAAGGUAUCAUUUGGCUAAGUUCUACUCGAAAGCCAGUGCUUCGCACAUAAAAACACCAAUGCUGAUAUGGCCAAGGAAGGAGUAUGGUAUAUCAACAAAAUUGUUUGAUUUAGAGAAGUACUGGAAAGAAGUUGCACAAAUAGCACCAUCUGUUCAUUCUUCACGACCAAAGAAAUACAUUCUUUCGAUGUAUCCAUAUCCAUCAGGAAGACUGCAUAUGGGGCAUAUGCGAGUUUAUACGAUAUCAGACGUACUUGCUCGUUAUUACAGAUUAAACGGUUACAAUGUUAUUCACCCGAUUGGUUGGGAUGCGUUUGGUUUACCAGCAGAAAAUGCUGCUCGAGAAGUAGGUGUCGAUCCAGCACAAUGGACAGCAAAUAAUAUUGAUGUGAUGCGUCAACAGCUAUUGAGUACAGGCAUUAUAUUUGACUGGAAUAGAGAAAUUUCGACAUGUUCACCAGAUUACUAUCGUUGGACGCAAUGGAUUUUCUGUCGGCUUUUUGAACGUGGCUUAGUUCGACGAGCUUUGACCGAGGUACAUUGGGAUCCAAUCGAUUGCACUGUUCUUGCUGCAGAGCAAAUUGAUGCGGAAGGACGUUCGUGGCGUUCUGGGGCAGUUGCCGAAAAGCGUAAAAUAAAGCAUUGGAUGAUUGAAACGCCAAAAUAUGCGAAACGCAUGUAUGUUGGACUCGAGAAACUAGCUCACUGGAAGGAAGUAGCAGCCAUACAAGCUAACUGGAUUGGGAAAUGUGACGUUUGGCGAUUUUUACUCCCAUUAAAGGAAAGGAACGGCACAGUUCUGGAUGAGAAAUUUGACCUUCGAAUACGCGAACCACAUCAUCUAGCUACUGCUAAUGUUAUUUUUAUUCAAUUCGGUCAUCCUCUCUUCAGUUUAGCUGAUGAAAAAGAAGAAAUAGGUGUUUUAAAAGUGACUGCGUUGAAUAUCAUAACAGGGAAGGACAUGCAUAUCAUUUAUAUGAAUGAGAAUGCUGCUAAAAAUAGAAAUGGAUUCAUCUUGAAUGCUAGACUUCCUUGUGAAGCAGAUGAAUUUGAUAAAAAGGUUAUAGAAAGUUUUGGAUUCUCAACAGAACGAUGUAGAUUUUCGCUCACUAAUAACGAUAUAAUUCAGAUUGCCGAAUUUGGAGAUUAUGGAGGCUAUGAAACAAGCGAGAGAUUACUUGACUGGGUUGUUUCAAGGCAGCGGAAAUGGGGUACUCCAAUACCGGUAUUACUCAGUGCUGAUGAUCGCUGUGCUGCUAUUGUUGCUGAUGAUCAAUUGCCUGUUAUUGCUGCUCAUUAUAAAUACGACGAAAAAAUUCCAUGUCAGAGGUUACCCGAUGGAUUUGGAUAUUUGGAAAAGGAUACUCUGGAUACAUUUUUUGAUUCCAGUUGGUAUUACUUAAGAUUUCUUGAUCCCAAAAACGAUAUCGAAUUGAUCUCAGAAAAGAAAUCUAUAGAUAUGCCAGUUGAUGUUUAUGUGGGUGGUAUAGAACAUGCUGCGUUACAUUUAUUUUUUGCGCGAUUUGUAUCUUAUUUCUUACACGAUAUUGGCGUAUCAUCCGUACAGGAACCCUUUGAUAGUUUGUUACCGCAAGGAAUUGUAUGUAGUCGCACUUUUAAGAGAAGUGAUAGCGGAAAAUAUCUUAAGGAAGACGAUGUCGUGCAAACAGGAAAUGGUUUCAUCGCAAAAAAAGAUGGCUGUGCAGUAUUUACUCAGUUUGAGAAGAUGUCAAAGUCAAAACAUAACGGUGUUGAUCCAUUAAGUGUAUUAAAGUUGAAAGGGAUCGAUUUAACUCGUUUGCAAUUGUUGAAUGAAGCUGCGCCACGAGAACCUAUUAAUUGGGGUGAUACAGAACUAAAAGGUCUUUUCAAGUUUAUGGAACGAACUUCGGAUGUCAUUAGCUUCUAUGUAGAACAACAUGCAUUAUCAGGUUCAACUUUACCUGAACCAUUAGACAUUGCAAGAGAAGAAAAAUAUCGAACUAUCUAUAAUUUUUAUGUUCGUAAUAUUUCGAUGCUUAUAGAAGUUUUACAUUUGCAUAAUACUGCAAUAGAUCAUUUGCAGUCUUUCGUGAAGUUUUUGAAGAAAAGUUCGGCUGAAGCUUAUCGUUGCAGUGUACAACUUGAACGAUGUGUUCAUGCGCUAGUGAUAAUGAUGCAGUUAUUUACACCUCAUUUGGCUGCUGAAUAUUGGGCUGCAUUACGUUCCGUUCCUGCACUGAAUGUACAUAGAGUAUGGCUAGAUAAAGAAAUCAACGAGCAACCCUGGCCUCAGGUAGAUCCAGAUGCCAAAAUCGACUUCAUGAUCAAUGUUGGGAAGUUAAGUUGUGGUCGAGUGGAAGUUCCACGUCUCGAAAUUGAACACUUAUCCAACGAAGAAGUUUUGCAGUAUGCGAUUGAUGAUGUACAUAGUAUAUUUUUCCAGGAAUUAGCAUCAUUGGGUUUUAGGCCGGUAUCUUGCAAAAAGUUGUCUCGAACUGGGUUCUAUGUGCUUCUUGAAGUUAAAUUCAAUAAAGUACCUGCGGAGAAAACAUUGGUAGAUAUUUUGAAACAAACAAGGAUGCAACGAUUGAAAGUAAAGAGAGCAAGAAAAAAGGCAGAAAAGUAA